AGAGAGAGAGAAAGAGAAAGAGAUAGAGAGAGAAAAGUAGGCUGGGAAGAAUAAGGGGUCAGUCCAGGGAUUGUCCUCGAAAGGAGAGGAACUGCUUCUGUAUGAGUGUGAGGAAUGAGUGUGUGCGUGUGUGUGUUUGCUUAUACUGAUGUUUAAGGUCAUUUUUUUCACCUUGUACACAGAGGACUUGAUAAUAAUCCACCGCCAUGAGUCGGACCACCUUUUUUGAGGUGAGAGUCCUGGACGCCAAGACCAAAGAGCAGCUUUGUUUUUUAGAUAAGGUGGAGCCUCACUCAACAAUAGCAGACAUCAAGAGCCUCUUUCACAAAUCACAUCCUCACUGGUAUCCAGCAAGACAGGCCCUCAUGCUUGAUCCCAAGGACAAAUCCCUCAGAGAUGAGGAAAUCUUACAGAAUCUACCAGUUGGGACUACUGCCAACAUGUACUUCAGAGAUCUUGGUCCACAGUUAGGUUGGACUAUGGUGUUUCUAGCAGAAUGCAUUGGGCCCCUUCUCACCUACCUCCUCUUCUAUUUUCGAGUACCGUACAUUUACUCACACAAAUAUGCCUUCACCUCCAGUCCUCAUCCUGUUGUCAGACUAGCCUGUGCCUGUCACACCUUCCACUAUGUGAAGAGGUUGAUAGAGACUAUCUUUGUGCAUCGUUUCUCCCAUGGGACCAUGCCUCUCAGGACAAUAGUCAGGAAUUGUGCCUAUUACUGGAGUUUCUCAGCUUGGUUGGCAUACUAUAUCAACCACCCUCUUUAUACACCUCCAUCAUAUGGAGAACUACAAGUCAACUAUGCAUUAGUCAUAUUUGCCAUGUGCGAGCUGGGAAACUUCUCCAUUCACUUGACUCUUAAUAAUCUCAAAGGAGAGGGAUCUAGGAUCAGACGGUUUCCUGCGCCAACAAAGAACCCCUUCACAUGGCUAUUUUUCUUUGUAUCCUGUCCAAAUUACACAUAUGAGGUUGGAGCUUGGGUGAGCUUCUCCAUCAUGACCCAGUGUCUGCCAGUGGCAUUGUACGCAUUACUGGGUUUCAUCCAGAUGACCAUCUGGGCCAAAGGGAAGCACAGAGCCUACAGCAGGGAGUUCAAGGACUAUCCCAGCCUCCGGAUGGCCAUUAUCCCCCUGAUUCUCUGAGUAGAGAUCAGAACAUGAACUCUUGUAGCAUAUAAGGCGUGUUUAUUCACUCCCCACAAGUGUUUUUCACUAAAACAAAGACGUUUGCUGCUGCUGAGGCCAGCACUAUGCAAAUUAUUUUUAUAUCUAUGAACUGAAAGGAGAGGGAAUAAUAUUAUGGCAAUAUACUGGAGCAGUUAAAAGCAGCUGGGGAUAUUUUAAUUGUCUGUUCAGUUUCAACAAUGGGUUUUAGUUUCUUGCUAGGAGUUUGAUUUGGCAUUGUGCGGCCAUAUUCUCUAUGCUGUAUAACCACUGGAUUUUUUAUAUAUAUAUUUUGGCUUCUUCAGGACUUGACUUAAUUUUGAAAAUGGCAUCUCAGCAUUUUAGCAACCCUUAUUCAAACCAGUGAGUACUUCUCGUUGCAAGCUGGCUUAUUACCCCAUAGGUUGUGCCACUUCUUUUCGAUGAUGAAUGCUCACAGCACUAAUAAACUUUUCAGGUUAAGUGAAAGAAAUAAAACAUAUUCUAGCUCAUAAUAAAGUGCCUGUGGAAGCAAACUAGCAGACUAGAAUUUAAAACGUCACGACAUCCAUUUGGGAGUGCAACAUCACUUUUAAGCUCUCAGGAGGAUAAAGCAGACAUUUAAUUAUGCUAAUAAUAAGCUUCACCGUCGUACAUCUCAGAUCGUUUUCUUCAGAGAAAUGGAAGAAGGCGUGUAACUUCUGGCAUUAAUGUGUACGGGCUUAUCAGGUAGUCAGUGAUUGCUGCUGUUGUUCUCCAGCCCUUACUGUCUAAUCUCAGGUUUUAUUAAACUGUCAAAAGCUGUUUUGUAUAAAUGUGAAUGUGAGUAAUUUUAGCGUAAAAACACAUGAAAUGGGAUGUCUAGGGAAAAGACCCACAUCUUAAGGAAAAAUGUACCUUUAUUUGACAUGAUGCCCCUCUCAGAAACAUCACUUUUGAGACAUUGUGUUCCUCUAAUGACAUCAAGUGCUGGUGGGAUGCAGACAGUUUACCAAAGUUGAACAUAUACAUGAUAAAGCGCAAAGACUGAACAAGACAUUGGUGGCAUAAAAAUAACACAUGUUAUUGAAAUGAAUUUCACAGCAGGAAGAAAACUUUGUAAAAAUCAUUAGCUGUACUGCACUAGCAGAACAUCCUGGUAAAAAUUGUGAUGCUUCAAUUAAAGCUGCCUGAAUAAAGUGCUAAGGCUAAUGCUU